GGUUUGUGGUGCUUGCCCAGCCCUCCUGUCGGUGUCGCUCCUAGGGUAUCAAGUGCUCUCUGGGAGUUUUGAUUAAAGCCCAAAUACCUUCAGUCAGAAGGCUGGGCACUGGAAAAGAAGACCGUAUAGGGGCCUGGAGUGGCUGAGAGAAGAGGCUAAACACUUACUUAUGGCUGUUUAGUGUAAUUAUCCAUCACAUUUGGGAUUGUGGAAGGGAAGUCUUUUAAAAUCAGUUGAAGUCGCCCAAGUUUUGUUCACUUUUGUGGGCGCCGACCAUGGAGAUGCAAAGGUGGUCCACAAGGUGGAAAACGAAAAGGUGGAUUAUGGAUUCCACUGUAACCGCAUUCAUCACUUUAACCCUGGUUCUUCAGGCUACACAUGUCAGAGCAGCUGAACCGGUGGACGUGCUAAAAGUAUUAGAAUUUCACAAUUCCCCCGAAGGAGUUCGGAAAACAUCAGGAUUUUGCACAAACCGAAGGGCGUCUAAGCCGGACACAGCCUACAGAGUUGGAAAACAGGCCCAGAUCAGUGCCCCCACCAAGCAGUUAUUCCCAGGGGGUGUGUUCCCUGAAGACUUCUCCAUCCUGACCACCCUCAGGCCCAAGGCCGGCCUCCAGUCCUUCCUGCUGUCUGUUUACAGUGAGCAGGGCGUGCAGCAGCUGGGGGUGGAGGUGGGACGCUCACCCGUCUUCCUGUAUGAGGACCAGAGRGGCAAGCCRGCCCCUGAGGACUACCCCCUGUUCCGCUCUCUCAACCUGGCCGACGGAAAGUGGCAUCGUGUGGCCAUCAGUGUGGAGAAGAAGACGGUCACCAUCAUCGUGGACUGUAAACAGAAGAUCACCAAACCCCUCCUCAGGAGUGACCGUGCCUCUAUUAACACCAACGGGAUCACUGUGUUCGGAACCAGGAUCCUUGACGAGGAAGUCUUUCAGGGUGACAUCCAGCAGCUGCUGAUUGUGGCCGAUCCUAAAGCAGCUUAUGACUACUGUGAACACUACAGCCCCGACUGUGAAACUCCCCACGGGCACUCCCUGCAGGCCCAGCAGCCCGAGGACGAGUACACUACUGCUGAUGACUUAGAUUACACUCAGUUCUAUGAUUACUCUGAAGUAGAAGGAGAGACAGAGAAUGUUCCAACAGAUGAGUACGAGGCGGGUAGUGACCCUCAGAGAAAGAAACGUAGUGUCUACAUGAAAAAGAAGAGGACCCGAAAGUCCCUUAAGUCUAAGGCUAAGCCCCUAAAGUUCCAGGCCUCUAAAAAAUCUGCAGCUAAAAAGUUAGCGGUCGCUAAGAAGAAGAGACAGAUGAAUGGCUAUCAAGCUACCGCGCCGGAACUACACCGAUACAGAGUAUUAGGGCUAAACAAUGUAGACGGAGAAUACACUGAGUAUACUGACAGUGAGCUUGACUACGGAACUGUAGAGGGUACUCAAACUCAGUCUCCCAUUGCCACCAGUGGACCAAACGAGGCUGUCGAGGAGGAGAUUGUUGCUGGUGACUAUGUUGUCACUGGAGCCGCCCCACUGAGUCAGGAGCCCACCGGUGCCCCCGAGGCUGGCCUGGACAGUGUGGACCCCGGAGUGGACGAGUAUGACUUUAAGGAGUAUGACCUAGGGGGCGUGUUGGACAAUAAGCAGUAUGAGUAUGGGGUGUAUGAUGAGUAUGGAAAUGUGGCCGCUGAGCUACCCAACCACAUGGAUACUGUUGAAGAAGAGGUGGGGCUGGGGGUUCCCGCGGAAACGGAGGAAUUCACCCAGACUGCCGUGGCUGGUGGUGGGGAGAAAGGAGAGAAGGGCGAACCCGCUGUGAUCGAACCUGGCAUGCUGAUUGAAGGACCUCCUGGACCUGCAGGCCCAGCUGGUCUACCAGGCCCCUCAGGUCUGCAUGGACCCCCUGGUGUUGCUGGAGAUCCUGGUGACAGGGGUCCCGCAGGGCGGGCAGGUCUGGCAGGAGCCGACGGUUUACCAGGUCCUCCGGGUACCAUGCUGAUGCUGCCAUUCCGUUUUGGAGGGGACGGAGAGAAGGGACCCGUGGUGUCUGCCCAGGAGGCCCAAGCCCAGGCCAUCCUCUCCCAGGCUAGACUCGCCAUGAGAGGUCCCUCAGGUCCAAUGGGUCUCACAGGAAGAUCCGGUCCAGUGGGUGUUCCUGGUUCUGCUGGACUUAAAGGUGAUAGUGGAGACCCUGGUCCUCAGGGCCCCAGGGGAGUCCAAGGGUCUGCAGGACAAAUAGGCAAAUCUGGCAAGAGGGGUCGUGGCGGAGCCGAUGGCGCCCGAGGAAUGCCUGGAGAGUCAGGCUCUAAGGGUGACAGAGGCUUUGAUGGCCUGCCCGGUCUGCCUGGUGAGAAGGGACACAGGGGGGAGACAGGACGCACUGGGCCACCUGGAGCCCCUGGAGACGGACUCUCUCUCUCUUCUGUCCUCUUAGGGCCUAGAGGUCUGCUUGGGCCCCGCGGUCCACCCGGUCCGACUGGACAGCCUGGUGUCGCUGGAGUGGACGGGCCACACGGUCCCAAAGGAAACAUGGGACCUCAAGGAGAGCCAGGACCUCCGGGUCAGCAGGGGAUCCCAGGGACACAAGGUCUUCCUGGUCCUCAAGGUCCCAUCGGACCGCCUGGUGAAAAAGGACCUCAGGGCAGGUCGGGGUUGGCUGGUUUACCCGGGUCAGAUGGACCUCCUGGUCAUCCUGGUAAAGAGGGCCCACCUGGUGAGAAGGGAGCUUUAGGCCAGUCAGGUCCCCAGGGUCCUAUUGGUUAUCCUGGUCCUCGUGGUGUCAAGGGUGCUGACGGUGUUCGUGGACUGAAGGGUGGAAAGGGAGAGAAGGGUGAGGACGGUUUCCCUGGGUUCAAGGGAGACAUGGGUCUCAAAGGUGACAGGGGUGAGCUUGGUGUGCUUGGGCCCCGCGGGGAGGACGGACCUGAGGGCCCCAAGGGCCGAGCAGGGCCCAACGGAGAGUCUGGCCCCAUGGGUGCUGCUGGAGAGAAGGGAAAACUGGGUGUUCCAGGAUUACCCGGCUACCCAGGAAGACAAGGUCCAAAGGGUUCCAGCGGCUUCCCGGGCUUCCCAGGGGCCAACGGAGAGAAAGGAGCCAGGGGCGUGGCGGGCAAACCCGGUCCAAGGGGGCAAAGAGGUCCAACGGGUCCACGAGGGGGUCGGGGUGCUAGAGGUCCUACAGGCAAGCCAGGCCCUAAGGGCACGGCGGGCAAUGAUGGUCCACCUGGCCCGCCUGGCGAGAGAGGACCUCAAGGACCCCAGGGCCCCGUCGGGUUCUCAGGACCAAAGGGCCCCCCUGGACCACCUGGAAAGGAUGGGCUGCCCGGCCACCCUGGUCAGCGAGGAGAGACGGGAUUCCAAGGAAAGACAGGUCCACCCGGCCCAGGAGGAGUUGUUGGUCCUCAGGGUCCCACAGGAGAGACCGGUCCAAUCGGUGACAGAGGUCACCCUGGAUCCCCAGGACCACCCGGAGAGCAGGGUCUUCCUGGCUCUGCUGGCAAAGAGGGAGCCAAGGGAGACCCCGGUCCCCAAGGAGCCUCAGGUAAAGACGGUCCCGCUGGUCUACGAGGAUUCCCAGGAGAGAGAGGUCUUCCCGGCACGUCGGGUCCAGCUGGUUUGAAGGGAGGAGAAGGACCUCAGGGACCCUCUGGCCCCGUGGGCUCCCCUGGUGAGAGAGGUGCUGCUGGACCUGCUGGCCCUAUCGGUUUAUCUGGUAGAACUGGUCCUCAGGGGCCCCCAGGACCUGCUGGAGAGAAGGGAGGGCCUGGUGAGAAAGGUCCCCAAGGACCAGCUGGUCGGGACGGAGUCCAAGGUCCAGUGGGUCUGCCUGGCCCCGCCGGACCUCAGGGUCCACCCGGAGAGGACGGUGACAAGGGAGAGGUUGGAGAGCCAGGUCAGAAGGGAAGCAAAGCAGACAAGGGUGAACAGGGUCCUCCUGGGCCAGCUGGUCUCCAGGGUCCCAUCGGUAACCCAGGACCUGCAGGAGGUGAUGGAGAGCCCGGUCCCAGGGGUCAGCAGGGGAUGUUCGGACAGAAGGGAGACGAAGGAUCCAGAGGUUUCCCCGGGCCCCCUGGUCCCAUUGGUCUGCAGGGUCUUCCUGGACCUCCAGGAGAGAAGGGUGAGAACGGAGAUGUCGGUCCGAUGGGUCCCCCCGGUCCACCUGGUCCCAGAGGUCCUCAGGGUCCUAGUGGAGCUGAUGGUGCACAAGGUCCUCCCGGUGGUGUGGGUGCCAUGGGAGGCGUGGGUGAGAAGGGUGAAAACGGUGAAGCUGGCAACCCAGGAACCCCUGGAGAGCCCGGAACUGGAGGGCCUAAAGGCGAGAGAGGAGACAAGGGAGAGGCAGGACCACCCGGAGCUGCUGGACCCGCUGGCGCCAAAGGACCACCUGGAGAUGAUGGACCCAAAGGCAACCCUGGGCCGGUUGGUUUCCCUGGAGACCCUGGUCCACCCGGUGAGGCCGGUGUUGCUGGAACUGAUGGCUCUGCGGGAGAGAAAGGAGAGGAUGGUGAAUCUGGUCAGCCUGGUCCUCCUGGUCCAUCUGGUGAAUCUGGUCCACCUGGUCCUCCCGGCAAGAGAGGGGCCCCAGGAACUGCCGGUGCAGAGGGUAGACAAGGAGAGAAGGGCGCCAGGGGUGAGUCUGGGCAGGGACCCCCAGGUAAAACUGGCCCAGUCGGCCACAGGGGCCUCAGGAAAGCCCGGUCCCGAGAAGGUCUGCGUGGAAUCCCUGGCCCUGUUGGUGAACAAGGACUUCCUGGUUCCUCUGGACAAGACGGCCCACCUGGACCUAUGGGACCCCCUGGUCUCCCAGGUCUGAAGGGUGACCCRGGGACCAAGGGUGAAAAGGGUCAUUCAGGUCUGAUUGGUUUGAUUGGACCCCCUGGCGAGCAGGGAGAGAAGGGAGACAGAGGCUUGCCUGGACCCCAGGGUUCUCCUGGAGGCAAGGGCGACGGUGGUAUUAGUGGAUCUUCAGGUCCUCUCGGUCCUCCUGGUCCUCCAGGCCUGCCUGGUCCUGGAGGUCCUAAGGGAUCUAAGGGUUCAUCGGGUCCUGCUGGUCAGAAGGGAGACACCGGUACGAUCGGUCCACCUGGUCCUCCUGGUCCCCCUGGUGAGGUGAUCCAGCCACUGCCCAUCCAGUCUCCCAAGAAGAACCGCAGACACGCAGACAUGCAGGCGGACGCGGCGGGUAACAUGAUGGACUACGGAGAGGGCAUGGAGGACAUCUUUGGUUCGCUCAACAACCUCAAACAGGACAUUGAGAGGAUGAAGUACCCCAUGGGCACACAGAACAACCCAGCCAGGACCUGCAAAGACCUGCAGCUCGCCCACCCAGAGUUCCCUGAUGGCGAGUACUGGAUAGAUCCUAACCAGGGAUGCUCAGGGGACUCCUUCUCGGUCUACUGUAACUUCACAGCUGGAGGAGAGACCUGUAUCUACCCAGAUAGGAAGUCCAGCGGAGUCAGAAUAUCUUCAUGGCCCAAAGAAAUACCAGGGUCGUGGUUCAGUGAAUUUAAGCGGGGUAAACUAUUGUCAUACGUUGACGCAGCCGGCAACACAAUAAACGAGGUUCAGAUGACCUUCCUGAAACUACUGACUGCCUCGGCCAGGCAGAACUUCACCUAUAACUGCCAUCAGUCUGUGGUGUGGCACGACGAGACCACCGACAGCUAUGACAAGGUGCUGCGAUUCCUAGGAUCCAACGACGAGGAGAUAUCCUAUGACAACAACCCCUACAUCAGGGCCCUCACAGACGGAUGCGCGACGAGGAAGGGCUACGGAAAGACUGUGAUAGAGAUUAAUACUCCCAAAAUCGAUCAGGUUCCCAUCAUAGAUGUCAUGUUGUAUGACUUUGGAGAUGCCAGCCAGAAGUUUGGAUUUGAAGUGGGUCCAGUCUGCUUCCUUGGCUAACUAAAAAACAAAAAAACUUGGCAGGGUCAGAAAGAAAGUCAAGACAUUUUGGAUACCACCCAGCCCCCCCACCCUUUUCCAUGCCACAUGCAAGUUUUGAAUAAAAAAAUGGUGUAGCGAACAUGUCUUGCCAUGUAUGUAUGUAUUACCUAGAAAAAUACUUGUUGCCCUUGUAGGGCUAGAAUCACAUGACUUAAAACUGUUAUGGAGCAAAGGUGAAGGACAUUUGAAGGCGUGGCAGGGAAGGGGAAACAGGAGAAGAACGAGGGAGGUCGAAAGGAGAGAGACACCUCUUUUCUGGAUUCUCCAGGUGCUGUACAAAAAAAAUGACUACAAUGGUGCUUGUUCAAACAACAAAAUAAAGAGGUGCUAAGAAAGAAGGUGUAUUUUGAUAAUYAAAAAAACUGUAAUUAUUAUUUUGUACAAUCUGUUAUUUCUGAAUCCACUUUCAAAACUUGCAUGUGUAUCAGAAUCGCAUCUGGCUCUUAAUUUCAAUGUUCGUAACAAAAGAUAUAUAUAAGUUAAAUAAAUAAAUAAAGACAGACAGAGAGAAAMAAAUAAUUAWGAUAUUUUGUUGAUGAAUAAAUACUGUGUACCUGUUAUGAAGCAAAUAAAAUGAGUAUUCAAACGAUUCCCUAUUUCUAAUGAUAAUGCAUCCCCUUUGUAUAUAUUGACCAUCCAAAGCUCUAGGUUAUUUGCAGUUUUGCCCUUCAAGACCAUAGGUAAAACAACUGGAAACAUCUCACCAGCACACAUAUAGCAACAUAUCCCACUAAUGUUGUGAACCUGUGCUUGUAUUAAGCAAUCAUGGAAUUCAUUCUUCUUUUUAUUUAAGUAUUUUUGUUUUGAUUUGUUUAAAAAAAAAAUCUGUCAGUUUUUCUUUUUGGUCGUAUACCUCAAACUUUCUUGAUAACCAUAAGAUCCAUGGAUGUUAUGCCCUGUAUAUAUCUUGGUUAAACAAUUAAGUUUAUAUAUUUUGGGUGGGGAAUUUUUUAAGAAAGACAUACUUAUCGGUUACACAUCUUCUGUUCAGAUCCUUCUGUGAAUACAAUGAUAAGUCCUUAAGGUGACCCAUUUUUGUUACUAAAAUGAGAAAAUGUUUUAAUGUGCUUUUAAUGGUUCAUUUAAAAUAUUAAAACUGGAUUCUAAACAACA